CUCCAAAGCUCACCGCCCAAGAUAUCUGGAGCCCCAUCACAAUGGACGACGUCUCCCUCCUCGCCCAAAACCCGCACCUAGAAUCCCUCUCAACCAACAUCCGCGCUCGCCCAAUCCCCUGGGACGGCUACCAACGCGCCGGUCUCGUCUCCGAGCACGAAGUAAAAUCCAUCAAAGCCGUCUCCUCCCAAUCGACCACCAAGCGUCAAGGCGUCUUCUCCAAGGAAGGAAAACAAUAUGCGGAACUCGUGAUGGAACUUUUGGGGAAAGCGAAGAGAGCGGAUAUAUUGCAGUAUGUGCUCGUGCUUGCGGGGGAUUUCAUUGUGGAGGUUAAGGGGUGGAGUAUGGAUUUGUUUUUGUUGAGGGGGGAGAGUGGGGAGUUGCCGUAUGGGCCUAUUGUGAAACAACUCUCGAGCGAGGACGAAGCAAUUCGUCUCUUGGCAGCUCGCUUCCUCACCUCUCUCCUAUCGCUCGACCCCAACCCACCCAGAGAGGUCGUCGAAUCAUACCUCACAUUCUCCACAACCCACCUCCUCUCCUCCCCAUCCCCCGCCCUCCAAGACUUCUGUCUCGCAUCCUACACCGCACUCCUCCGACACUCACCCUCCCGCCCCACCUUCUGGUCCAACACCUCCGUAAUGUCCGGCACCAUCGACAUCCUGAAAAAGAACGAGGGUGGGUUACAGGUUCAGUAUUGGGGCUUGGUGUGUCUGUGGUUGUUGAGUUUCGAGGUGGAUGUUGCGAGGGGGUUGAAUAAGAAGUACGAUGUUGUGCCGCUUUUGGCGGAUAUUGCGAGGACGGCGAUUAAGGAGAAGAUUGUCAGGAUGGUUUUCGCUGUUUUUAGGAACCUGGUUAAACUUGCACCAUCGCAGACUCUCCCAGCAAUGCUCGUCGCUCGACUUCUUCCUCUGACUACAUCCCUUUCGCAAAAGAAGUGGUCCGAUCCCGAGAUCACCGACGACCUCACCUUCCUCAAAGAACAGCUCGAGUCUAACUUUGCUGAACUGACAACCUAUGACGAAUACGCCUCCGAAAUCGAGAGCGGGCAUCUCUCGUGGACCCCACCCCACAGAUCUACUCAAUUCUGGAAACAAAACGCUCGACGCAUCUACGAAGAAAACAACGGCGCUCUACUCCGUAUCUUGGCACGCACCCUACAGAUCGCCACGGAACCAGUAGUGGUAGCCGUCGCGUGUAACGAUGUCAAGGAGUUCUUGAGAGAGGUUCCAGACGGAAGAAAGGUGCUACAGGAGCUGGGAACGAAGCAUAGGGUGAUGGAGUUGAUGCAGCAUCCCGAGGCGGAGGUUAGAUUUGAAGCGUUGGGCGCGACACAGGUGUUUAUGAGUCACAGUUGGCGAGAUGUUUAG